UGUGAUGCGAGGUUUCUUUGCUAUCACAAGAGCUUUUAUAGCUCCAAUUUCUAAAACUACUUACAGAUUCUCUUUCUAAUAAUAGAAAAUUCAAAUGAGAAUGUAUUUGAAUUAUCUAAUAUUAUAGUGUACUCAAUCAAAUAAAUCAAAUUAUACGACUGUCUUCUACUAUUUCAGGAUUGCGAAUUGCAAAUCAAUUUGAUUUAUCACUAUUCUCUUUAUUAGAAGAGGCUUAAGGUAUUUUUUUAGUCUAUUUAUUAUAGGUAAUUCAUUUAUAUUUUAUGAAAAUCAAGACGACUCUGCGGUUUUAGAUAUUAGGCAGAUUGGUUUACACUUAGGAUGUUUAUGCACCCUUUGAU